AUGAUCUUUAAAUCGCCCUUUCCAGACAUACAGAUUCCCGAAGUUGACAUACCUCAAUUUAUCUUUACGUCAAACAGAUUUGUUGCAAAUCUGGAUGCUCCUGCCCUGAUUGACGCAGUAACGGGGAGAUCUGUUUCCUUUAACUCGCUUCGUGAGACUUCCUACAAGUUUGCCAGAGGGCUUGUGGGAACUCUUGGAAUCGGAAAAGGCGAUGUUAUUGCAGUGAUGAGCAGUAAUAACUUGGAUUACUCGUCGGUGUUGUUUGGCUCGUUGCUAGCUGGUGCGUGUGUUACAACCAUCAACCCAUCGUACGUUUCUGAAGAAGUCUUAUUCCAGCUGCAAGACUCGAAGGCAUCGGUAUUUAUCAUGGAUGAAACGUGCUUGAAAAGCAGCAAAGAUGCUCUCUCUGGAAUCAGUCCCGAUAGGAUGUUUGUGCUUUCUGAUAACACGGUUGAAGGGGUUUCUUCAUUUCGAUGUUUGUUGAGUGAUACUGAAGUUGCACUGCCAUCGUUUACUGCUGAAGAGCUUUCUUGCUCGCCUGCCUAUCUGGCCUAUAGUUCUGGUACCACCGGCCAAAGCAAGGGUGUGAUACUUACACAUCGCAACAUCAUUGCCAAUGUGCUGCAGAUUCACGAAACGCUAGUAGUAGCACGUACAGGAGCAGACGAAGUCUGGCUUGGGCUUUUACCAUUCUUUCAUGUUUAUGCUCUUACAACAUCCCUUCAUUCGGCUGUUUACGAGGGUAUUCCAAUCAUAGUCAUGGCAUCAUUUGAUUUUGCUCUUCUUUUGAAAACCAUUCAAACAUACAAAGUAUCUACGGUCCACAUUGUUCCUCCGAUCGCUUUAGCUCUUGCAUACCAUCCUGCAGUGGACAUGUUUGAUUUAUCAUCUGUAAAAUAUAUCACUUCUGCUGCGUCGCCAUUGUCCAAAGAUAUCAUCGAGGCUUUGAUCAAUCGGCUUCAUACGUAUGUAAUACAAGGCUAUGGAUUAACAGAAACUAGUCCAGCAAUCUCGUUGGGAACAGCAUCAAUGACAAUACGCGAUUCGCAUGGAUACUUUUUAUCCAACAUCGAGGCUCGUGUUAUCGACACGGAAACAGGAAAAGAGCUAGGUGUUGGCGAGCAAGGAGAGUUGUGUGUCCGAGGUCCAAACGUCAUGAAAGGAUAUUUCAACAACCAUGAAGCCACUGCUGCUUCGAUUGAUUCGGAUGGGUAUUUCCAUACAGGUGAUGUUGCCAUUGUACACGAGUCGGGUGAAUUUACCGUUAUGAAUCGAAUCAAAGAGCUUAUCAAAUAUAUGGGAAUUCAAGUUGCACCUGCUGAAUUAGAGGAAAAACUGCUUCAGUAUCCAAAAAUUGCUGAUGCCGCAGUGAUUGGUCGACCUGAUGAGCUGUCGGGUGAAGUUCCUGUGGCCUAUGUGGUACUGAAGCCUGGUGUGACUUGCACCGAAGAUGAGAUCAAGUCGUUUAUUGCCAAGAAUGUUGCUUCUCAUAAACUCUUGCGUGGUGGUGUGGUGUUUAUUGAAAAAAUUCCCAGAGCUCCUACUGGUAAAUGUCUGCGUCGCAUUCUUCAACAGCAGGAUCUUGAAUACAUGGCCAAGGCUGAAGAAUAA